AUGAUGAAGGUACGAUCACUUUUAGUGACCGUUCUACUGGGUUGCAUGGUAAGCCAAACCCUGGAGGGAUACCUUUUUGUGAGCCCCAUCCUCAUCGUUACAUGUGUCUCUCCACGAAGCCUUGCAGGUCAGCCCGGUGUAACUAGGUCGAGCAUGUCUCCUCAAAUUUUCGGCUUUUCUCGGGAAAUGCAAGACGAUGGAAGGAUUCGAAGUCCCGGCAUGCCGGUGAUAAGUUUUUUAGAGUUGGGAGACCGGAGUGCGAAAGAGGUGCUUCAGGACCCCGGUGCUGGCCCCUGGGGCGCCGCUUACGGCGACCUGACAGCGCAACAUGCGGGUGGGCACAAGAGCACCGCUUCCGUUGACAGCACUGACAUGGGUGAAAGGGCAUUUACUCAACUUGCUGUUUCGUCUGAAAGUGGCUCUUCCAAAAGCACUGGAGACGAGAGGAGCCACAAUGGAGAUGAAAGUGACGCUGGCGAAGGACAGGACCUCGUUGGAGGGCGCAACAAUAGCUCAGAUGCGAAGAACGAUGGUGACGAAAAUAAAUCAUUUAACCGAUCUGGAGGGACGUCACGAAAGCACGUAUUGUCUACAGAGCACCAUGGCAAUAUCGCCGGAAGCUCUGACGGCAAACACGUGCAAUGGUAUAGCGUAAGAACAAACUUUCCGCCGAGGUUGUUGCGUUUGCUGGCAAAGAGCAACGAAACCAGCACGGGGCAGAAAUGGUACACGAUCUUAACCAACUUCAAACCACAUAUUCUAAAGCUUACGCCCGAACAGUGA